CGGAAGUUAGGUUGAUCCACAGCGACAAGCAGGAUUUCGCUGUUCAAGGCAACGAGAAGUACACUCCGACUUUGCAAGUGGGUGUCUACCUGUCAUUCUUAUCGUCACACGGUGUCAUUCAGCCACAGUACUAAAGUGCCAUCAGUGAGAAUGCCCCUCACGAACAAGUCCAAAAAUGCCGAAUGUAGUGCAGCUGCCGCGACGCCUGGUUCGGAUCGGGGAGAGGGACAGCAGCUCUCACAACCAAGAGACCAGGAUGUGCCUCCUGGGGAUGGGGGUGGAGAGGACAGUCAAGGAGAUCCGGAAAUUGUGAAAUCUCCCAGUGACCCAAAGCAGUACAGGUACAUUGUACUCGGUAACGGCUUGAGAGCUCUCCUUAUCUCAGACUUCAGCGGCAAGGCGGCCUCCGAGGAUGAUGAUGAAGAAUCUGAGGAGGAGGAGGAAGAGCAGGAGGAGGAAGAGGGGAGUGCUGAGGAGGGUGACUCGGGAGAAGGCACCGACGAAGAGUCGGAGGAGGGAGAUGAUGAACAGGACAGUGACUUUGAGGACCUGGAUGAUGAAAAUGACACGAGAAAGAAGAAAGCAAGCUCUGAAAAGCAGUCUGCUGCUGCACUCUGCAUUGGCGUGGGGAGCUUCAGCGACCCCAAUGACCUGCCAGGACUAGCCCAUUUCCUUGAACACAUGGUGUUUAUGGGCAGUGAGAAGUAUCCAUCAGAAAAUGGCUUUGAUGCAUUCCUGAAAAAGCACGGCGGCAGUGAUAAUGCCUCCACCGACUGCGAGAGGACGAUAUUCCAGUUUGAUGUGCAGAGGAAACACUUCAAAGAAGCCCUUGAUAGGUGGGCACAGUUCUUCAUAUGUCCGUUGAUGAUCAAAGACGCCAUUGAAAGAGAGGUGGAAGCUGUAGACAGCGAGUACCAGCUGGCAAAGCCAUCCGACUCUCAUCGUAAGGAGAUGCUGUUCGGUGGUCUGGCCAGGGAAAACCACCCCAUGGGAAAGUUCUGCUGGGGAAAUGCUGAGACUUUGAAGCAUGAACCCAAAAGACAGAAGAUCAACGUUUAUAAGCGUCUUCGCCAGUUCUGGGAGAGAUACUAUUCGGCCAGUUACAUGACCUUAGCCGUGCAGUCUAAAGAGAAAUUGGACACUCUAGAAGAAUGGGUGCGGGAGAUCUUCAGUAAGGUUCCAAACAACGCUCAGCCGCAGCCUAACUUCUCUGAGCUGGUGGAUCCUUUUGACACUCCAGCUUUCAACAAGCUUUACAGAGUGGUGCCUGUUAGAAAAGUUCACGCCCUCACCAUCACCUGGGCCCUGCCUCCUCAGGAAAAACAUUACAGGGUAAAACCCCUCCAUUACAUAUCCUGGCUAAUCGGCCACGAAGGAACCGGCAGCAUUCUGUCUUUGCUGAGGAAAAAGUGCUGGGCGCUGGCUCUCUUUGGGGGAAACAGCGAAACCGGCUUUGACCAGAACACCACCUACUCCAUCUUCAGCGUCUCCAUCACGCUGACUGACGAGGGCUUCCAGAACUUCUAUCAGGUGGUCCACCUUGUGUUCCAGUACAUGAAAAUGCUACAGACCCUGGGGCCUCAGCAGAGAAUAUAUGAGGAGAUUCAAAAGAUUGAAGCAAAUGAGUUCCACUAUCAGGAACAGACGGAUCCAAUUGAAUAUGUGGAGGACAUCUGUGAAAACAUGCAGCUGUUUCCAAAGGAGGACUACCUGACAGGAGACCAGCUUAUGUUUGAGUUCAAACCAGAGGUCAUCUCUGCUGCUCUGUCCCUGCUGACCCCAGACAAGGCCAACCUGAUGCUGUUGUCCCCGGAGCACGAGGGCCAGUGCUGCCUGAGGGAGAAGUGGUUUGGCACGCAGUACAGCAUCGAGGAUGUCCAGAAGGAAUGGACCGAGCGCUGGACAGGCGACUUUGAACUGAACCCAGAAUUGCACCUCCCAGCUGAGAACAAAUUCAUUGCAACCGAUUUUACGCUGAAAACAUCGGACUGUCCUGACACGGAAUAUCCUGUUAGGGUGGUCAACAGCGAUAGAGGAUGUCUUUGGUAUAAGAAGGACAACAAGUUCAAGAUACCAAAAGCAUAUAUCCGGUUCCACUUAAUCUCACCUGUGAUUCAGAAGUCUGCAAAAAACCUGGUGUUAUUCGACCUCUUUGUGAACAUCCUGACGCACAACCUGGCCGAGCCGGCAUACGAGGCCGACGUGGCACAGCUGGAGUACAAGCUGGUGGCCGGGGAGCACGGCCUAGUCAUCAAGGUCAAGGGCUUCAACCACAAGCUACCUCUGCUGUUCAACCUGAUCGUGGACCACCUGACGGACUUCAGUGCAGCUGCUGAUGUGUUCACCAUGUUUGCUGAACAGCUCAAGAAGACCUACUUCAACAUCCUAAUAAAGCCAGAGAAACUAGGAAAGGACGUGCGGUUGCUGAUCCUAGAACACGCGCGCUUGUCCAUGAUCCAGAAGUACCAGGCUGUUGUGGACGGCCUCACCGUCGCUGACCUCAUGGACUUUGUCGGCGGGUUCAAGUCCGAGCUGUAUGCUGAGGGCCUGGUGCAGGGCAACUUCACUAGCAGGGAAUCAAUGGAGUUUCUGCAGUAUGUUACAGAGAAGCUGAAGUUCAAGAAGUUGUCAGUAGAGGUCCCUGUUCUCUUCCGAGUGGUGGAGCUUCCUCAGCAGCACCACCUUUGUAAAGUCAAGACUCUCAACAAAGGAGAUGCUAACUCUGAGGUCACCGUUUAUUACCAGUCGGGGCCCAAGAACCUGCGGGAGCACACGCUGAUGGAGCUGCUAGUGAUGCACAUGGAGGAGCCAUGUUUUGACUUCCUGAGGACGAAAGAGACCCUUGGGUAUCACGUGUACCCCACCUGCCGCAACACCUCCGGGGUCUUGGGCUUCUCCGUCACCGUGGAGACGCAGGCGACCAAGUUCAAUACAGAGCUGGUUGAGACGAAGAUUGAGGAGUUUCUGGUGAGUUUCGGGGAGAAGAUGACUGCCCUGAGCGAUGAGGCUUUCAAGACCCAGGUGACGGCGCUCAUCAAGCUGAAGGAGUGCGAGGACACGCACCUGGGCGAGGAGGUGGACAGGAACUGGGCGGAGGUGGUCACCCAGCAGUACGUCUUCGACAGACUCAACCGAGAGAUUGAUGCCCUCAAGCUGAUGACGAAGGCUGAGCUGGUUUCCUGGUACAUGGAGCACCGGGGCCAAACCAGCAAGAAGCUGAGUGUUCAUGUGGUGGGCUUUGGGGUAGAGGAGAAUGACCCACCCAGCGAGGAGCACAAAGAAGAAGAAGGAGGAGGUGGGGAUGACGGUGGCGUCAUCAAGUGCGCCGCUUCGUCCUCCUACGGCGAGGUGUCCAAGCUCACCUUCCUGCCCGUCUCCCCGAAGCUGGCCUCGGCCACCGUCAUCACGGACAUCCGCACCUUCACCGCAGCCCUGCAACUCUACCCCUACCACAAGGUCCUCAAAUAAGCACAGCAGCCACCUCAGCGACCGACACAAGCACCCAGUCCCUGCUCCAUCAUCAUCCACCACCACUCACCCGCGCACGGAAAAAACACCACAGGCGGUGGUUCACAGGCGACUUGGACAGUGGAGACGGCGAGUUGAGAGAAACGGGGGAACCCCUUUGUCACUCGCCCCUUGUUUGUGUGUGAUCAGUCCAUUGACACAACCCUACUUGAAAAAAUUUGGAGAAAUUUUAGCAAAGCAAAGUUGUGUGUGUUUUACUGAUAUCCUAUAUCUGCUGUGUUUUUGUUUGUACUAAUGCAUUGGCUCUCUAUUACACCACUACUGGAGGCGGAUCUGGCCUUAAAGAUGGCCGUGCUAUCAUGGCAGCCAGUAGGCGAUCACAGACUUGGUUCUGCUGUAUUCGUGGGCAUUCCUGAAGAGGUGAAGCUGCAUGAGCAAAAAAUCCGAUGGCGAGAUCCCCAGUUCAUCAUUUGCAUAACUUCAGCUUGUGAAUAUGAGUGGCUUCAAGGUCACUGCUUAAAUGAGGAGUGUUCAACCAUGAUACUUAUUAAAAGUGCAUUAAGCAUGGCGA